UUUCUAGUGACACACCAUUACUUCUCUCAUACUUCUGAACCACUUGUGGUCUGCUGUUGCCUGGGUUCAUUAUGAAAUUUGAAGAUUUCUUAAUGCACCGGAGCAGAGAUAAGCAGAGAAGAAUCGAUCUAGAAGAGGAGGUCGCUAUGCUGGAAGCAGAAUUAGAUGACGAGCAGAAAUUGAAUCGGGUUCUUCAAUGUGCAUUGCAUGGACAAGCUGUUUCUCGUCCAUCACUUUCGUCGCUGCUACCACGUCAGGUGCAGGUGCUUCUUGCAGAACUGGAAAUGGUUGAAGAAGAGAUCAUAUUCCUGGAAAGGAAGGUAGAGGAGCUGAGACUCUGUCUGGAUCAAGAAAAGAGACUGAACAAAGAACAUCAGCUGCAGCCACUAAAGCAGCAACAGUGGCUACAGAAGCAACAGAAACACUACUGGUCUGGAGUAGCAAGUCACAGAGGAAGAGAAGAAGAACAUCAUGAACAACGGGGACCACUACAUUACAAGCCAGACUUCGGAGGCCAAAGGAUGAUAAGAGAAAGAAAAGCUUCCCUAGGCUCUGCUUCCGAAAUCCAUGCCAUGUCUUCUGCAAGGUUGAAUGAUGAAAUUGCAGGAAAUUCAAGAUGCAAUGGAAGAAACCAAACACAGAAUCUUCCGGAUGAAGCAAUGACUACAGAGAAGCCAAACAGAGUUUCAGAAGAACUAAUCAUAUGCUUGAUUGGCAUCUUUCUCAAACUGAACCAGGGUUCAGCUCAUGUCAACUGUGAAGGCUCAACAUCUAUUCCAAAGCUUAGUCUUUACUGCAUGAACUCGAAAGGCCAGAAGUCUGAUUUCGACGGCCCCAUCAGAGAUGUAGGUCCAUAUAAGAAUUUCAUCCAAUUCACAAGAACUUCCGUGGACAUGAGCCGUGUUUCAGAAUGUUUACCUGCAAUCGGAAAAAUAAGGAUUUUGAUGCAUAAACUAUGCACCGUGGACUUAACUUUCCUGACAUACAAGCAAAAGUUAGCAUUCUGGAUCAAUAUCUACAAUGCCUGCAUAAUGAAUGCGUUUCUUCAACAUGGACUACCCUCCACACCGGACAAACUGCUUACUCUGAUGAACAAGGCUGCACUGAAUGUUGGAGGCAUAAUACUGAAUGCUCUGGCCAUUGAGCAUUUCAUUCUCAGGCAUCCUUACGACUCCAAGAAAGAUCCUAUGGAUGAAAAAGAAAUGCUGCUGCGACGUGCGUAUGGUCUUAAUUAUCCUGAACCCAAUAUCACCUUUGCCCUUUGCCGAGGAAGUUGGUCUUCACCACCACUAAGGGUGUACACUGCAGAAAAUGUAGUUUACGAAUUGGGAAGAGCAAGGAUUGAGUAUUUAGAGGCGUCAGUGGCAGUUACAAGCAAGAAGAAAAUAGCGGUUCCCAAGCUUUUGCAAUGGCACAUGCGAAAUUUUGCUGAUGACAUGGACUCACUACUGGAAUGGAUCUAUAGCCAACUACCACAGUCAGGACCACUAAAGAGAUCAAUAAUGGAGUGCCUGAAUGGUGAUGGCAAAUGUCCAAUGGCCAAAAUGGUGGAAAUUCAACCUUAUGAAUCUGAGUUCCGCUACUUGUUACCCUUGUAGGUUAAAACAUCCAAAUACUUACAUAGAAAUGUGCAGAGGAACGAAAAACAUGCUGAUUCAACCAAACAUUCCUGAAAUUCAUCAUCUCCUGUAGAACAUGAUAGUAAUGUGCUUAACUUAUUUUAUCAAUUUUAACCUUCAUUUA